AGUCUAGGAUUAUCCCCACGCGAUGUCUCAGACACACGCAACGACGCUGUCAAUCUGAUUUUCCACGAAUAGAAUGGGCAUGUCGAACACCAUAAGGGCGUUUUGAGUGAUGUGGGAUAUGAUAUAUGAUAAGAGUUAUAGACAGGGCACCGCUGUACUUGAACCGACUUCUACCGUAUCGCUGGUGUUGGUGCGCACGCCUUGGGCACCCGUUCCAUAACAACAUCAAUGCGCAAUUCGAAAUUGUCAAUGCGAUUGAACGACACACAAGCCAUAUAUGGAGCGCCGACGUAUAAUGAUCUCACGAGCAGAAAUAAACCUCGAAGGAACGGUCACAGCAUCGUCACAUCGCUUGCGACUGCUGGGAUUGGCACCAGCGUUGGUGCUGUCCUACAUGGAGAGAGAGACAGCAGGCCCUGUGCAAGUUACACAAUGCUCGACGCUGAUCCAGAGCCACGGCUCUCGAAUAAGACGGUCGUACCCACCCAUAAUAACGCAAUACCAUGUCAUAGCAGCAAGGUGACAAGUGGGAGAUCACUGAAUUCAAAGUUAAUCAGACGCAGGGGUUGCGCGCGAUGCCCUGUCCAUAACAGCCGAUGCCUGCAUCUAUAUCUCGCUAGACGAGUCCUGAGCGUCGUUAUUUUGGGAAUCAUCACAAUGCUCACAGGGACCAUUCAAUAUUUUUCAAAACUCAUAUUUUCCAAUUCCUGACGCCUGUCUAAAUGCUACGCUGUAAAUGCUACACGGGGAUGAUGCUGGGUGGAAAGGCCAAAAGAGGAUAGGAAACGGAACAAGAACCUAAAUGGCCACUUGCUCUUACGCGUCUUGAAUUCCGUUGCAGCGCUUGAUAACAC